AUGGGAAUUCCUGGAUUUUUUAAAUGGUUAACAAAUAAAGAUAAUUAUCCAAAUAUUAAAAGAUUUUGCAUCGAAGAUGAACCAUCAUAUGAUGAAUACGGUGUUUAUCAACCAUUAGAUGAAACAAAGAAAAAUCCAAAUAAUAUUGAAUUCGAUAAUCUAUACUUAGAUAUGAAUGAAAUUAUUUAUGCAUCUGCAAGAUCAAGUAAUGAUUCAGAAACAAAGAAUGAAGAUGAUAUUAUACUAUCAAUUUUUAAUUGUAUUGAUCGAAUAUUUUCAAUUGUUCGACCACGUAAAUUACUUUAUAUGGCUAUUGAUGGUGUUGCACCAAGAGCUAAAUUAAAUAAUCAACGUACAAAACGUUUUCUUCAAGCUAAAGAUACUAUUGAAAAAAAUAAACAAAUUGAAAGACGUAAACAUGAAAUACUUGCUAAUGGUGGUCUUUUACCAAAAGAUCAUAAUCAAAAAGAACAAAUUAAACCGUUCGAUGAAAAUUGUAUUACACCAGGUACACCAUUUAUGUCAAAAUUAUCUGAUUGUCUUCUAUAUUAUAUAUAUAAUCGUAUGAAUAAAAAUCCAGCUUGGCAAUCAAUAAUAGUUAUUUUUUCUAAUGCAAAUGAACCUGGUGAAGGUGAACAUAAAAUAAUAGAUUUUAUUCGUCGACAAUGUCAACAACCAGACUAUAAUAAAAAUACGCAUCAUGUUUUAUAUGGUACUGAUGCUGAUUUAAUUAUACUUGGUUUAGCAUUAAGUGAAUGUCCUGUAACAAUAAUACGUGAUGAAUUUAGACCAACUGAACCACGUCCAUGUGAAAUAUGUCGACUAUUUGGUCAUGAUAUGACGACAUGUAAAGGUAUUACUAAAGAAAAAAAAGGUCAACAUAAUGAAUUAUUAUCACAUAAAGUAAAUUAUGUUAAAACCAAAUACAUAUUUGUUGAUCUCUCUUUAUUACGUGAUGAACUGUAUCAAUCUUUAGAAGCAGAUAAACAGUUAUCAUUUACAUGGGAUCGUAAAAAUUUUCUUGAUGAUUGGAUAUUUAUAUGUUUAUUGGUUGGAAAUGAUUUCUUACCAAAUUUACCAUCAUGUGAAAUACAUGAAGAUGUUAUUAAACUUCUUAUGAAUAUAUAUAAAGAGAAUGUAUUUAAAUCCAAAUGUUAUUUAACACAAAAUGGUAUGCUAAAUUUGACACAGGUCGAAAUAUUUUUAAGAGAUUUUGGUAAAAUGGAAGAAAGAAUAUUUAAGAACCGUCAUGAAAUUAAUCAACAAAAAGAACUAGAACAAAAUCUGAAUCAACCAACUAGUAAUCGAAUAUUUUCAAUAGAUAAAUUCAAACAUGAACUCGUACCUAAAGGAGCUCCGCUUCUACCAUUUAUACCAAAAUGGGCGCAAAAGCAUUCUUCUCCAUUGGAUAACAAUUCGACUUCAAUUGUUAUGCAUCCAGAUCGAACACAAGAUGCUGAUUCUUCAACGACAAGCUCAUCAAUCAGUCUUCUAAAAAACCAAUCAUAUAAUGAAACGAAACAAAAACUGUCUGAUUUAUCACUAAUAACAAAUCAACAGAUAGAAGAUAAUACUUCAGAUGAUAAUGUUCGACUUUGGGAAGAUGAUUGGCAUGAACAAUACUAUACAAAGAAAUUUGAUGUGGAUCAAAUGAAUUUAGAAGAAUUUUCUUUACAAGUUGCUCAAGAAUAUGGUCAAGGUCUACGUUGGAUUUUUCAAUACUAUUCUCAGGGUGUACCAUCAUGGGAUUGGUAUUAUCCUUAUCAUUAUGCUCCAUUUGCUACUGAUUUUUCUAAAAUCAAAAUUAUAUCUUACUAUUUUAAUGAGGAUUCGAAACCAUUCAAACCAUUAGAACAAUUAAUAUCUAUAAUUCCACUUCAAUGUUCAAAAGAAUAUCUUCCUAAUGAAUGGUAUUCAUUAAUAUCAAAAGAAGAUUCACAAAUUAUUGAUUUUUAUCCAUUAAAUUUUAAUACUGAUUUGAAUGGUAAACGUUUUGAAUCGCAACGUAUUGCUCUAAUACCAUUUGUUGAUGAAAAACGUUUACAUAGAGUUCUUGAAAAUCAUUAUUCAUUAUUAACAUCCGAAGAAGAAGAACGAAACAAACCUGAAAAUGCUCGUUUAUUCAUUCAUUCAAAGCACUCAUAUUAUAGUCGCUUAAAAAAAGAAUUACAUGCUAAUAAUGGACGGAAAGCAAUUCAUGAAAAUUCACUUAAUAUUACAAAAAUAAUUGGAAUAUGUGGAUAUAUAUGGCAAGAUAGUAAUGAUGAUAAAAUCAUACCUGUUAAUAAAACAGUAAAAGCUCCAAUAUCUAAUUAUGAUAAGAUAAUAAACAAUCAAGUUAUGUGUGUUCAAUAUUGUAAUUAA